AUGGCCUCUGUCGAGCCUUGCGACGAGGCCACCAUCGUCGCCCCUCAGCGCAAACCUCUUGCUUUCCUCGAGCUGCCUCUAGAAACCCAGAAGGACAUCUUUAGCCACUGCUGCCAAAGCGACCUCAUUUGUCUCGCCCUUGUCUCCAAGCACUUUCGCGAACUUGCUGCCGCGCAGCUCUAUCGAAACUUCCACAUAGUCUUCCCCGACGAAGAUGACCCGUCCUUUGACUCCCCCAUCGAUAGUCUCGCCGGUGGACUCGAGACCUUCGUGUCAAGCGACUAUGACUACGCUCAACAUCUGAGAGACAUAUCCCUGGAUACUCUGAGUGCUGGGGACAAGGCCGAGGCUGCCUACAAGCCCUACUUGUACAGCGCAAGUUGCGGCAAGUUUAUGAAUACUUUGCUGCAAAUGACCCUCCAGCACGCCAAGUCUCUCGAGACGUUCAGGUGGAACAUUCGAGUCGAACUCAGCCGGCCCGUCUACAGGACAUUACACCAGAUCGCGCCCCUCAAGAACCUCCACAUUCGCAUGCAAGCCGGCCCUUCGCUGUUCGAGAUACCUCCUCCGCUCCCGUACACCUCGAGCUUGCCGCCUACCACCAAUCAAGGACACUGGGAUCCUCUCCCGCCCGCUUUCUCUGCCAUUCCUCCUCCGUUUCUAACCAUGCCGUUGUCCGUCCCUCCUCCGUACAAUCCUGUGCUUGGUCCUCCACCUCCCUUGCCACCUGCUCUUAGGCCUGCACCUAGGAACAAGAAGAGGACUUCCGCCGCGAAUGAACCUGCGACUCUAUCCGGCUUCCGAAAGCUAAACACCCUCGCCGUGCUUGAUGUCGACAACUUGGACGUAGUUACUGAGAUCAAGUCAUGCGUUCGUAACUCAGCCUCAACGCUUACCAAGUUGAAACUGUCAUUCUCCACAUGUCUUGCUGCGCAGUCUCGCAAGCCGCCCCCUGAUGCAGACCCUGACGACUCCGACCAAGACGAUGAAUUUCAAGUGGUGCCCAUGCCUUCAGCGCCUGGGUGGGACGAAGCAAGUGGACCCGCGAAGGCGUUUCGCGCCCAGGAGGAGCGCAAAAGCCAAGAGUCGGUACUUGGAAGGAUCUUCGACGUUGAGCCUUUUUUGAACAAAAAGCCCCAGCAACGCAAGAGUCUAAAGGGUAAAGAGAAGGUUGCGUCAGCGGACGCUGUGAUGGCCAAAUCUGGGACAGCCGGUGAAGCGUACAUGAGCCGCUUGCGGGAAGUUUCCUCGAAGUUGAUGGCCAUGAAUCUCCACGCCGACGACGAAUCCAAGCAAGAGGUGUUGGAAAUCAUUGAGAAAGCAAGCAGGAAGUAUCUUGAGGAGGUCGAGAUCGCAAAAACAGCCGAAGAGGCGCCAAAGACAAACCAGGCAUCAUCGGGCGAGAGUUCCUCUACUGCCCCAGGCGCUGCUUCCACAGAUACAACGCAAAUCACACCUGCUGAAAGCUCUGACGCUACUGCUACUGCCACUGCCGGUGCUGUCGCGGCCGAUGUAGCUGAUGAUAGUUCGAGGCCGAAGGCGAAGGCGAAAUCGGGCACGGAUGCGAACCCCGAGGAUAUUAACGUUGAGGAGCCGAUCGCGACCGAAGAGGUCGAGGAGCCUUCAGCAGAAUCCAAGAACGAUCAAGUCAAGGAUGCUUCUCCAGCUGUCGCGGAGGCAGUGUUGAAGCAGACCGAAUCAAAACCCGAGACUAGCGAAUCACUAGCCAAACUUCGAGCAAUUUCAACGUUGGCAAAGCAAAGAGCAAACUUCGAAACGCUAGUCGCCCGCCUGCAGCACCUCAUUAGCGAAGCCACUCUCCUGUCAGAGAAACUCGACAGCUUGAGAAACGGAGCAUAUGGUUAUGACCGGGAGUACAUCCGUGCUUCCGAGAAGCAGCUGCAUUCCUUCUAUCGGGAUAUUGAGAAUGUGAGAGUCGAACUGAAUGCCACCGAGGCUGAGAUUCGCGAUGUGGAAAAGCAGGUUCAUGGUAUAGCUACGACAGCCCACGGUGAAGAUGAGCGCAUCAGCGACUAUAUCCGGUCAACCAGAGGACUGGCCCUUCGGUCUUUCAGUGUCCACUUGAUCCCGGUCAAGGCAUCAGUUCUCAAAGCAGCCAUUGACGUGCGUGUGCUCAAAAGGCUCACAUUGCUCAAUGUUGGCAACCAAAAUCCUAUUUGGACUAUGCUGGCUAAGGAGAACAAAAUCCAAGGACUCCCGUUGCGCAAGAUUUUCACAGAUAAUGUUUCAAGUACAUUUCUCACCUUUGCUGCACAACUAGAGGAAAUCACAGAGCUAUUCAUGUUGGAGAGAUCGGUCAAGUACAAACCAGAGAGCUUUGCGCCCAAGACAAAUGUCAUUAUGGACCAAAUCCGGAGGCUCGUACUGAAGAAGCACAUGCCGACUCUGACGAAGCUGAUGAUCAAGAACGACUCAGGAUCAAGCUGGGAUGUGGAUGAGAGAGCAAUGCUGCUGAUUUGCAAUCGCGGAAGAAAACUCGAGGAGCUGGCGGCGGCUGUUGGAAUCCGCGCCAUCCACAUUUCAGGACUGGUCAAUCUGCGAGCACUGAAUGUCACUCAGUUCAGGAAUGAUGAUACGUGCGUCUGGGUUAUGCGCGAGACCCGUAGAUUCAUCGUCGACAACCUGUGUCACUACCCGCACCUCAAGCUGGAGUGGAUUUCCAUCGAUGACGACAGGGUCGAGCGCAUUAUCCGUCCUCCUCCCCAAACCCCCGCUGCGAAGAAGGAAGAGAAGAAAAAUAAGAAGGGCAAGGCCAAAGCCAGUGCCGUCACAGGAGGAUUUGGCGGACUCGGCACUGAGCAAUUCCCACCCCUGCCAAUGCCGGGCUGGGACACAGACAGCGACAGCGAUGACGAGGAUACCGACAUCGUUGCCAACACGAAACUUGAGACUGUCGAGGGAGUGCAUUUUUAUGACGUUUGGGACGUGCGUAUUUUCAAGAAGGAAGUCAUGGCCGGACGGCUAUAG